AUGAACCUCAAACCGCAGCGCGACGGUGCUCUCUCUCCCUCUCUCCCAUGCACAUGCACACCAACAACACCCGGUAAUUCUUUGGACACCGGGGUUUCUUCUAUCAACUCAGCACAUCUCGCCCCUCGAGAAGACGACCGAGUCGCCACCGACACUUAUAGACGGAGAUCUCCUGGCGACCGACGACCCCGACCCGGCCGUGGCCGUUCACGGUCACCACAGAACAUUGAUCGAUAUCAACCUGAUCGUGCACGCGACUAUGAUUAUCGCGCCCGCGAGAGCCACCGGAGACGCUCCUCCCCACCGCCUGUCCAAGCUGGCAUUGACAGGUAUAUCCCUGGCCAGGAGACCUUCACGCCGUCCUUCACGACCAACCCUGUACACAACCCGAUGGCACUUGAGUAUCAAGUAGGCUUUAACUACUUCGCCGAGUGGUGGCGCGUGGAACAGGUCAUCAAGGACGAGAAGGAGCGUGCAAAGAAUGGCGGUAGGAAGCCCGUGCUCAAGGGCGAACGCGAGGCUCGAGAAGAACGCGGACGAGAGCGCGAGAUGAUACAAGCCGCCUACGACGAAUACAAAGAGAAGCUUCAAGUCCAGAUGGCUAAGAGCUUUGUGGACAAACACAAGGGCGAUGAAUGGUUCAAGGAGCGCUACGACCCAGAAUACCGAGACGUCUUUCGUGAGAAGGCCAAAAAUUAUCGACAUGCAAUUUAUCAAGAUUGGGAGCGCCAGCUGGAUGACGGCUACUUUGACGAGUUUACUCUGGAAGGCAUCUACAAGAGCGAAUCCAACGGGGCUGGUGGAUUGGUCGAAAAGGAAGAAGGCGAGACCACGGCAGCCAACGAAGUACUUGGCGUCGGCGAUCUUUUGCCCUGCAAAGGUGGCGAGCUUCGUGACGAGGCCGCACUUCAGCCAACUCUUUUGAUCAAGACCAUUGCUCCAACAGUCAACCGCGAAAAGGUCGAGGAAUUCUGCAAAGAGCACCUAGGAGAAGGCGCUGGUGGAUUCAAAUGGCUGAGCAUGAGCGACCCCAAUCCACUGAAGAAGUGUCAUCGCAUCGGUUGGGUCAUCCUCCACCCCAACGAAGAUCAGCCAAUGAUUGACGAUCGUGGAGAUGGCCGUGACGAAGACGGAGAGGAUGGUGCACUAGAUGAAAAGCCUGUGAACGCGCCAGGAAACGUGGGUACUGCUCAGAAGGCUCUCGAGGCUCUCAAUGGCAAGAGUGUCAUGGACGAACAACGCGGCAACUUCACAUGUCAUGUUGGUGUGCAUGAGCCGCCUACCGCCCCCAGGAAGAAGGCGCUUUGGGAUCUAUUCUCCGCUCCCGAGCGGAUUGAACGUGAUCUACAACUGGCUCAACGACUAGUGAACAGGCUGGAUAGUGAGAUGAGGGGUGACAGUUCAGACGAGUAUACCACUGUUGAUGGUGUCUCCAAGAUUGAGCAGCGAGUGGAGGAUUUGCGUUCGAAAGGUUGGCUUCAGCCUCCCGCGAAUGCACCCACCACUACUAUCAAGAAAGAACGAGAUGCUGAUGACUUAGAAGAAGGCGAAGACGAUCCAAUGGAAGACGAGGAUGAAGGUGCUCUCGAGGAUGAAGUAGACGACGAGGAGCUUCUAGCCAAGAAGAAGAAGCUUGAUCUCUUGAUCGAGUACCUGCGCCGCGUCUACAGCUUCUGCUUCUUCUGCGUUUUCGAGAGUGACUCCGUUCACGAACUGAUUCGGAAAUGCGCUGGUGGGCACUUGCGUCGUCCUAGAGCGAGUCUGACUACAGCCGCCAAAGCCACUGCUAGGGCCACAGCCAAUGGCCAGCCGUUCCCGUAUAAGAAGCAGGAGCCGUCUGAUGAUGUGCCCAUGGAAGAUGGCGUUGUCGCUGUGGAAGAGAAGAAGCCGAAGUUGAGUGGCAAGACACAGCAGCAGCUUCAGCGAGCUUACAACUGGGUCAAAACCUACGAGGAAAAGCUUCUCCAGCUUCUUGAGCCCGAGAAUAUCGACAUCAGGAAGCUUGGUGGUAAGCCCUUGGAAGAGAGCAUCGAGGACGAAAUGGCCAAGUUCGUGAAGCAAGAAGAUGAGGCCAAGUGGCGCUGCAAAGUACCUGAGUGCACCAAGCUUUUUAAGGGACAGCACUUCUGGCGCAAGCACGUGGAAAAGCGUCACCCUGAGUGGCAAGAGAAAUUGCAGAAAGAUCUUCAACUUGUUAAUACCUAUGUGAUGGACCCUGCUCACAUUGCACCAUCGAGGAGUGAUGCCAAUAGUAAUGGACACUUCCCCAUGGGCAAUCACGUUGCUGCGACGGGAACCCCGCGAGGCUUUAAUCUUGCCAACAUGACCAUGAGCAUUGGAAACGGCGGAAUGAACGGCAUGAAUGGGUUCAAUCCAGCAAUGGGCAACUGGGACCCCAACUUCGGACCCGACGACCGGCACCAGGGCGGACCGGUCCGACGAGGCGGCCAUCGGUUCAACAGUCGAGCUACUGGACCCUAUGACCGACAGAACCGAGAUGGUCGCAACCGCAAUAAUGGUCGCUUGACUCCCCCUCGUGGUGGUGGUCGACAGCCUCGUUUCGGCGACGGUGGACCCGGACCCUUGCAGUCUACUCAAGGUCGCUCACUCAAGAGCUACGAAGACCUGGAUGCCGUGGGCGCGGGUGGAAGUGGAGAACUCAACUACUGA